CUGACACGGUCCGUUCUUUUUUAAUUAUUCCACUUCCAGACACUUGUACGUUUGACAUGGAUCCACCAAAUGUGUCAUGUUCAAAUGUAACGACAAAACUUUUCCUAGUAAAUUCCUUUCUCGGACUGGGUUUUGGAAGCGAAUACACCAACGUGGAUGAUAACUAUGACCCAAGUGGUGUCUCGUACAACGUCACAACGGGUAAGGACGGAGACUUGUUCCCUCCAGGACACACACCUGUUACACUGUUCGCAGAAGAUACUUGUCAGAAUGUAGCUACUUGUCUCUUCUAUGUAGAGAACACACUUACCGAGUUGCCUGUGAAUUGUCCAGACUUGAAUCGCAAUGUAAGCACAGAUGUGAACAAGGCGACGUAUACCUUUAACCCAGAUUUCGGAGCAGAUGACGUCACCAAAUCUGCAAGUAGUUACAGAUAUCACGGAGGUGGUGUCUCGGUUAGUCUUACACUAGGAGGUUCCCCAUUUGGAAGCAGUGUGUCCAUAGGAACCCAUGACGUGUUGCCCUCAUCUAUGAUGACGUAUUGAAUAAGACAUGCACAGGAAUCUAUAUUAUUACAGGUAAUCUUUGUGAUACGAUUUCCAUCACGUUUUUGUGAGGAAGUAUAAUUCACCAUACCAUGAAGUUUCUUCUAUUUUAUUGUGAAAGAUUGCUGUGGUAAAGGUAUGGGCUUUUGCUGAGUAUAAUUGUGUACGUGCUCGGUGAUAAACACCUUUAACAUGCAUUACUUCUAACUCCAACAUAUUUUGGAUAGUCCCUUCUCACCGAUAACGAGAACCAAUUUUUUGAUAGAAGAUAACAAACGAAAUAAGAAGAAAGAAAAAAAAACAGUCACGGUAUAAGUGGGCAUAUUUUAGUUCACUGAUUUACGGAACGCCGAGUGCAACUUUCUCAUUCCAUGAAGUUUACCACAUUUUAACUAAAUGAACGAAUACAAA